AUGGAGUGCUCCAAGAAUAACAAUGAGAGGAAAGAAGUGAUUAAUAAGUUACGGACUAAUAAAAAUAAUAUAGAAAUGUUUCAUGCCAUUCUAGCAGAAUCCUCGGCCGACGACGCGAGCCUGAUGUAUGAUAUGGUUGUAGAUGUUGGUACAUACAAACGAAUAACAGACAUAGUUGAUGACAAAGAUGUUGACCAAUCCACCUCCAUGAUAAUAAUAAAUGCAGCACACAUGAAGCCCUCUUGGGAGUUCCCGUUCAAUAUUAAGUAUACAGCACCCAAAACCUUUCGGCUGAAAAAUAAUUCUUUGAUAAGUGUUCCAAUGAUGGUGAAAGUCGAUCAAGCACUUUACUAUGAUGACCAGAUCAACGAUGUAGAGAUGAUUUCAAUACACUUAGGAGCCAGAGGCGUUUCAAUAUGUAUUGUAGUGCCAAACACAGCUAAUGGUUUACCAGGAUUCCUGGACAAACUAUCUAAAAAUCCCAAUAUAAUGAUUAGAAACCGAAGGAAUAUGAAGUGGACACACCUGAAAAUGGAACUGCCCAGGUUCAAAAUAAAAUUCCUCGUGGAUUGGGCAGAAUAUUUGAAAAAGCUAGGAAUAAAAAGUAUAUUUAAUCAACAGACAUCAGGUCUUAACUCUUUGUUAACUGAUAACGCAAAGAACAAAAUAUACCUGAAUAAGGUAAAGCAGAAAGUUUUCUUUGAACUAGAUGAGAUGGGGCCCUACCGUCAAAUAAACCCUUCGGAAUUUAUGAUUCAAGACAUACCACCAAAUAUAAAACUUAGUGGAAAUUUCAAAUAUUUUUCUGCAUCAAAGCCGUUUUAUUUCGUUGUCACCAUGGAAUCGGGUAAUACCGUGGAAGAGUUAUUUAAUGGAGUUUAUUAUGGAAGUGAAUAAACUAUAAUUUUAUGAAAGGUUUUAUUUAAAUAAAAAUGUAAAACUAACAUGGAACAAUAAGACCUAUUGAUAAAAAAAAAAAUAUAAAAUAAAUCAGAAAAUAGAACGAAAAUAUCCUACAACAUUCUGUACUAUGUAAUAUGAGAAAUACCUAUAUAUUUGGCAGUGAACAACAAAUAGGCUAUAAUUAUGGUGAUCCUACAGCAUAUAAAACAGUAAAGAGCCCAUCGAAAAUUAUUGUUUCAUGUCAUUAAAUUAAUUAAAAAAUUUAAUGGACGAUAAUGGAAUGGUA